AUGCUGGGCAUGGGGCGCUCCUCGACGAGCGGCGCGGGCGGCGGCGAGUUCAACAUCGCGUUCGUGAACGGACCCAUCAAGUUCCUGAGCGAGGAGGGCGUGCUCUACGCCAGGUUCUUCCACAUCGUGGACACGGAUUCAGAUGGCUACAUUGGAGGCACGGAGGGAGCGGCGUUUAUCCGUCGGGCAAGGCUGAUGAACGACGCCAACCGAGAGAUCUGGCGCCUGGCUAGUGGAGGCAAGUCCCAGGAGAAGCUGAACAAGGACUGCUGGUUCGUAGCCAUGAAGCUCGUGGCGCUAGUGCAGAGCACCGGCAAGUGCCAGAUGCAGAGUCUCUACUCAGGAGAGCCUCUGCCCCUGGCCGACUUUCAGCUCGAGCAGCCAGUCGACAAUGUGCUCCCAGAAGAGGUGCCGCCAGAUUUCGAGCGGUCCUUUGUGGUGUCGGUGAGCACUCCGGUCAUUGUUGGGUCGGGCUACUCUCGCUACACGCAGUACGUGAUCUCCACGAAGACGAACUGCUCGCACUUCCCGUGCACUAGUGCACAAGUGAAGCGGCGGUUUAGUGACUUCGAAUGGCUUCACCAGCGAUUGCUUAUGCACUUUCGAGGCACGAUCAUUCCUCCGCUUCCCGAAAAACGCUGGACAGGAAACAUGGAUGCCACAUUUGUCGAAGAACGUCGCCAAGCUUUGGAGCACUUCAUUAAUGAAGUGUGCAGCCAUGAAAAACUUUCUCAGACGCUCGAGCUGCAGAUCGUCCUGACUGCUAGCACUGAGGGUCUCAUUGCUGGGAAAGAGCUGUUAAAGGUUGCAUCCAUCGCUGCCGCGUAUGUCCCAACUCCAGCUUCUGUAAGCUCACUAUGGAGCUCCUUAAAAGACGGCGUGUUUCUGGCGUCGAACGUCCAGCAAGUUGAGAUCAAGACCGAUGAUGAUUACGCAAGGAUCGGCCAACAUAUCGACGAAUAUGAAAAGCGAAUUCGAGAGGUGACGCGCUGCUCGGACAUCGUUUAUGCCGCUCAGCGUAGUGAAGGGUACGAGAUGUCACGGUUUGGCAGCUAUUUGUCUGCGUUGUCCGAGCACGAGAAGAGGGAUCCAGACAUGAAGCAGCUCGCUGAGGUCGCUGGUGACCAUUUUGAGACCGUGUCCAAUAUUUACCAGGAUCAGCUGGAUAAGUUACUAUCGAUGUACGUGUCGAUUGUAAGAUAUCAAGCCGGCAAAGUAGAUGCCGUCAAGACCGUGAUGCAUAAUCGCGAGUCGGCAAUUCACGAGGUCCAGCAAGCGAAUGCGAGUAUGCAGCGCAACAAAGAGCGGUUUGCAGCUGCACGAGCAAGUAGUGGUGCAGCAGCAUCCGCCAUGCGAGCUGAGCAGAAAAUGGCUUCGGCGGAGGAUCGCAUGAACCAGGCAAAGGAACAAGUCCAAUUCAUCGCGAACAGUCUGAAGGUAGAAACAAAGCGGAUGGACACCGGGAAGACUGCCAACCUUAAGACCGCUUUGUUGUCGCUGGCAAAUCUGGACUUGGAUUACCACGUUCAGUCCCGAGCUGCGUGGGAAGGCCUGCGGUCAUUCCUUGAACUGAGUGAUGAGGAAAUGGCUGAGAGUCGACAGAGAGCCCAGGCCUCAAUCACGUAUAGGAAACCAGGAGAGAAGGACUUAGGUCAAUUCAUUGGGCUGUUGUGA